CGACUCUUGCCAAAUCCUUUGACAUCCUCCACAGGCAUCGUCAGUGAGUCUUUAAAGGGUUUGUCAGCAGCGCCAAAUGGGAGAAAUGGAAGAAAAAAACAACUUUACCGAAGUUAUUUCUCAGAUAUUACAAGAGGCGCCAGCUGCCAGGAAGGGUCUUAUUGAUAAUCACAGCAACCUCCUGCAAGUCGCAGAUUACUGCGAGAACAAUUAUCUUCAGGCAGAGGAUCCAAACAAGGCUGCUGAAGAGGCCAAGGCUUUGGCUGCCCAGUCACUGGCUAGCGUCACCUACCAGAUCAACAGCCUGGCCAGCACCCUGCUGAGGCUGCUGGACUCACAGGCCAUGCAGAUCAAAGUCAUGGAGUCCUCAGUCAACCUGCUGUCACUGGCUGCAGCCAUCCACUUUGAGAAGGUAGCCAGGAGAGAGAUUGGUCCUUUCACUAUUCCCAAAUCCCGGAGUCGUGCAAAGCUUUUGACACCGCCAACAUCAGGCAAGGAGCCAGAGAAAAGCUACUCAAGAGUGCCAAUAUCGUACUCCAUCUUGGACUCCAUUGGACACUGUUUUCAGGUCACUGAGCAACAGCCCAGAAAGAGAUCAGGGACCACAGAAAGCAUGAAGAGCACCGCAGACGUCUCUGCACCCAGUCUCGGCAUUGCUGUGCCUCCACCUUCAGUCCCCACCUUGCAAACUGUCUCCAACCCCACCAACGACAGCCUGCCUCCCCCUCCUCCUCCCGCUGCCAAUUUGGACCCCAACAUACCACCUCCACCUCCACCACCUCCCCCUUCCUCCAUGGACACUGGCCUCCCGCCUCCGCCUUCCUUGACCUCACCUACAUGUCUCCCCUCACCUCCCCCUCCACCACCAAUCUCUCCGUCAAGUGGCAUGUACCCACCUCCGCCUCCUGUUGUAACGGGAGGUGCACCUCUUCCUCCUCCGCCUCCUCUGUUAUCAGGAGCUGGUCCUCUCCCUUCUCCACCCCCUCCUCCACCGCCACUUGUAUCAGGAGCUGGGCUCCCUCCUCCUCCGCCACCCCCUCCCACUGGCACCUCUGGUACUGUGCCACCACCACCCCCUCCACCACCCCCUCCACCUCCCCCUCUACACUAACGAACAGUAUAGUUCAUGUUAUCGGCUGAUUUUAUCCUCCCUAGAGUAGCCCAGGCUUCUUGUAUAACAGUCAGCUACACUGUGAGCGGCCAUGCUUUUAGAUGAAUGUGUGAAAGGUGCGCAGCAUGGGGAACAUUUCGGGUUUU